AUGGUUUACACAGGUACAUCGUCAUCAACUUGUUGGGCGCGCGGUGGCAUUUGUGUAGACAUCAUGAGAUGUCCUAGUCUCAAAAUGGAUGUUGGGGUCCCCGGCUGCUCUUGGGGCUAUAAAGUCUGCUGCAUAAUUCACAGAUUGUUAUCACCGACUGCAGGUGCCGUUAGACGAGCCCAUUUGCCAAUCAUACGCACACCAGAAGACUUAGGAUCUAAUUUAAUAACGAUUGCAGAAAGAAAUUCCUUAGCUGUUUCUGGCGAUAUGGAUCAAGACCCAGCAAAUGAUGAAGUCGAACAUGGAGAUGUGGAAUCACAAAUAAUAUUUUAA